AUGGCGGACGACGAUGGCGCCGGCUUUGCGGCGUUUAUGGAGACAGUAGGCGGUGACAAGCCCAAACAGGCGGUGGAUAACCCCAAGGACGAGUAUCACUAUGAGGAAGAGCAGGAAAAGGAGGCUAUGAUGAAGAACUAUCACCACCCAAUGAAGCAAUGGUUUCGUCAGAGGCCGCAGCUCGAGGCCAAAUACGGCGCAUUCCCACUCUUCUGGCAGGAACUCAAGACGUGGGAGCCGUACCGGGAGGUGCGCAAGGCUUACAUCAAGUUCACAGAGCAUGGGGGCGACGUUGAAUCCACAGAGAAAAAGGAGAAUGUAGUGGGCAUGGAUAAACAGGAGAAGAGAGGAGAUACAACGACUGAACCAGCAGAAGAACAGCCGAAAAAACGACGUAAAAGUCGGUGGGGAGAACCUGUGGAGUCUGCAGCGGACGGUAGUGGCGAGAAGAAGAGAAAGAAGUCACGGUGGGCACCAGCGUCCGGUGCGUCGUCAGGGAUGACUGGUCUCUUUAAUGAAAAGCAGCAGCAGUCGGUAAUUCUUCGUGCAGAGCUGGAGACCAUUAACCAAAAGUUGAAGACGGUGGUGAUGGAUGCAGCUCUGGUUGAGAAAGAUCCGAGCAGAUCGCCGUCGCCUCCACCGCAAUAUGACUCGAACGGAAAGCGCACCAACACACGCGAAGUUCGUAUGAAGGCUGCGUUGGAGAAACGCAGACGCGAGACGAUUGAAGAGCUCGUCAAGAUCAAUCCACUCUUCCGACCACCAGCGGACUACGCGCGUCAGAAACUGAACCGUAGGAUUUACAUUCCUAUUCACGAGUUCCCGUCCUACAACUUCAUUGGUCUGAUCAUCGGCCCACGCGGUAACACGCAGAAGCGUAUGGAACGAGAAACGAACUGCAAGAUCGCUAUCCGUGGCAAGGGAUCCGUGAAGGAAGGCAGCAAAGGCAAGAAGAUGAAUGCCGAUGAGAACGACGAUCUGCAUGUGCUAAUCACAGGUGACCGUGAGGAAGAUCUCGACAAGGCAGCCAAGGAAGUGCAGAGUCUGCUGGUGCCAGUUGAUGAUACGAGGAAUGCUCACAAGCAGAAGCAGCUGCGUGAAUUGGCUCUGAUCAACGGUACACUCCGAGACGAUGACUAUUGUCAUAUUUGUGGUGAAAAAGGACAUCGCCAAUGGGAGUGCCCCAACCGAGACGCUCAGCGUACCUUCAAGGCUGUUAACGUCAAGUGUGCCAUUUGUGGCGACUCUAGUCACCCGACACGUGACUGUACGCAGAAAAAGAAGUCUGCCGAAGAAAGUGCAGCCAUUGACAAGGAAUACCAGCAGUUCAUGCAGCAGCUUGGCGAAGCACCUGCCACAUCGACAGCGACAAAUGGAAAGGCUCCAGGAGAAGUGAACGCUGGUGCUGCAGCGCCAUGGUUGCAGCCAGCGAAAAUGGUGGCGCAGCCUUGGAUGCAGCAGUCUGUUGGUGCACCUGGUACAGCAGGCGCGCCUGGUGUUCAAGCUCCACCUGGGACGACUGCAUUAGGAUCUACUCCGGCUACGGCAUUCCCACCUCCAGUAGCUCCGCCUGGUGGGUACGAUUACCAAGAACAAGGACAAGACUGGGGGCAGCAAGGAUGGAAUGGUGGGUACAAUUCGUAUUACGGGUCAUGGGAUCAGAGCGGUCAGGCAGCUGACUAUCAGGGAUAUGGACAAUAUCCUCCUGCGGGUGCUGCUGGCGCUGGUGCACCUGGAGCUAACGGGACCGAUCAGUACCAGUAUCCGCCAUACGGCAAUCCGCCGCAGUAA